AUGAGCUCACCAGGUGACUAUUUCAAACUAAUUCAAGAGGAUUAUCAAAAAGUCAAACAUCGAAUCAGUCACAAACCAAUGUCAAUUGUUCAAGCUAAUGAAUAUUUUCAAAGGCACAAAGGAUCAAUUAUAACAAACUUUUUUUUUCAAAUAAAAAAACCAUUGAAUAAAAUUAGGUUUUGGAAAAUAUUUACUAUUGAAACUGGUGAUGAAGAAUCAAUUGUCAUUAAUCAAAGUUUGAUUUAUGUCUUGUGUCUUUAUAUUACAAGCUUGGAUCGUUAUAAUGAACCAUAUAGUGAAAAUAUCGAUCCCCAGAAUCCAUCAAAGUCUAUAAUAUCGCUAAGUCUGAGUGAAACUUGCCGUCAUUUUUACAAAUUGUUGUACAUUUUCCCAAGUGCUUUAGUUAUGAAUAAAGUUAUAAUUGGUGAUGGUGAUCAAGUUGAUCCUGAUGAUGACUCCAAUAUUUUCAAUGAUGUUGAAUUACAAGCUGGAAAGGACUUUAUCAGCUAUAACCUUGGUGAAGUUAUUCCAACAUUAAAGAAUGAAUAUGUCCCUGAAGAAGUUAAUUAUUCAAUGAAUGAAGUUCGUGAUACUAAUGAUGAAUUUAAGUAUAAAUGUCAUAAAUUUAACCAAGAUAAAUUAGUUGAAUCAAUGACUAAAAUGAAUGAAAAGCUCUCCUUUGAGCUAUCCAGAAAACCAUUAAAAAGUUUGUUAUUGUUCUUUGGAAAAUUAUUACCACCCUUGUUUGCUGGUGAUUAUUCAAACUUCAUGUUUAAAAAUCAAAAUUCUUCCAAAAUAUUAUAUGAUGAUUUCUUCUUUGAUCCUGUUACUCGUUUAUUCCAGUUUGCAAUGGAUGAUUCUGAUACUGAUUCGUUGGAUCCAAAUAACAUAUUGAAUGUAUUACAUCCGGGUACUGAUAAUCAUAUUGUGUCAAAGACUAGAUAUUAUGAUGAUGAUGAGUCAACAUUAUUUCACUCUGAGGAGACAUGGGAAGAUGAAAAUUUAUCUAUAAUAAUCUUACACUUGAAGGAUCAAAGGUUUUUCCACAAUGUUAACAAGGGUGGUAGAGGCUUAAAGAAUUUUAUUGAAGAUUCUAAGAUUUUCAAUUCAAUCGUUUCCAACUUGAUUAAAGAUCAAUCUGAUUCACAAAAUUCAAACUAUAUAAUCAUCACAGAUUAUCAGUAUUCGUUGCUCAUUAAUAUUCAAAAUCAGGAUAAAAGCAAACAAUAUUCCAUCAUUAAGAAUCAAAUCAAUUCAUUUGACCCAAAUUCUGAACCAAUAACACCAAGUUCAAGUGAUGAUGAAACACUUUCCUCAGGUGAAUAUGAUUUGGAAGUCUUGAUAUGUAAGAAUGUAUUUUAUAAAAAUUUAGAUCUUAAUGAAAUGAAUUAUAAUCAAAUCAAUAUAAUUGAAUCAAGAUUAAUGACUUCAAUCUUUUUAUUAGAGAGUUUUUUGAAAUCAUUAGAAUCUAGAAAGACGUCCCGCAGGUUCCAAAGAAGGAAGAGAAAAGCGAAAGGGAAACAAAUUAAAGCUCAUUAG